AUGUCCGUCUCCGACCCUCAACAUAUGCCGCCUCGAUGCUGCACUAACGAUCACAUCCCGCUCAAACACGUUGACAAGCUUUUUGAUACAAAGUUUAAGAACACGUGGAACAGGAAAUAUCAAGAAUAUACCACGAAAAACCGAUUAUACUGUCCGUCUCGCGGCUGCGGAGAAUGGAUAAAACCGAAUCAAAUUUACCUAGAUACUGGUAACGGACCAACCGGUGGGCGCAAGUAUGGCAAGUGCAGCAAGUGUAAAACUAAAGUUUGUGUUCUUUGCAAUGGAAAAAUGCAUCGUGCAAGGGACUGCCCAAAGGAUGAAGACACGAAGAAAUUCAACGACAUCGCCAAAGAUGCGGGUUGGAAGCGGUGCUACAACUGCUCUGCAAUGGUGGAACUGAAGGAAGGGUGUAACCACAUGACGUGUCGUUGCACGGCUGAAUUCUGCAUUAUCUGUGGCGCGAAAUGGAAAACGUGCGAAUGUCCGUGGUUUAAUUAUACCACUGUGCAUGACGACGAUAUACUAGAGAACAUGAACAUUCCCCAAGCGCGGAGGGAAGCGGUGCCAGACAAUGAAGAUCACCGAGGCCCCAUUCGAUAUCAACAGGAGAUGGACAGGCGUCGAGAACAGGAGCAAGAAGAUGAAGUGCUGGCAAGAAGGCUACAACAGGUGUUUGGUUUCCAGGAAGAGGACGAUGACGACGAUAGCACGUAUGAUUACCGUCCUAAUAACGGCCAGAGAGCUCUCCCGGAUCGCGAUGAGAACUCCUUCCCUCCUAUAUAUGACAAUUUCUAUCUUCCUAGCAGGCCUUCUGGCGCUCACACUCCACCUCCACCGGAUUACCAAACUCCUCGAUCUCACCUUUUACUAGAGGAUCCCGCUGUUUCAUCGCGCCAUGAAAUAUCAUAUAUCCCUCGAAUACGCACCCAGACUCCUGAUUCAACACGACGCCGCCGACGGCGCAAGCAAGCCUUGAGUCAUGAUGUGCCUUCGAGCCCUUCUCGAGUUGAACAUUGGAGAAUGGGACUUAAUUUAUUAUCCCGAUAA